GACAUAACGGAGCGAUGCUGGCGUUCACGCUUCAAUCGAAUCGAGUCCCUGGCGUGAUUUGAAGGGGAAGCCCUCGGCACAACACGACAGACACACAAUGCACUCCUCCUGUCGCGAAAACGAUGGCUUUCUCUGGACGUGUAGACUCCUAAUGUCACCUCGCUGAGCGAUGAUGCUCGCGCUACGGCUCGCAUUCGCUCAUCGUCCGCUUUAUCCGCGAAAGAAGCAGCAGAACGGAUGCUUGACCACUGCGAAACUGCCUUCACGCUUCACGCCUCUUCUGAUUAUCGGCAAGAGACGCAUUAUCAUAACCACGAGGGCCAGGGAGACACGAUUAAAGUUUCAACGAUGUAAAUCGAGGUCUGGUAUGAGUGAAGUCGCCUCCGUCUAGCACAAACUAGAGCUCACGUUUGAGAGAGUCGAAAGACGACGUCCGUUCAGCAAUUGCUGCACAUCACACCAUGAGCCAGCCACAGCCCCCUCAGCAGGCGGCAGCGCCGGAUCUGGAGGUGAUCUCCCAGCAGGUGGAGGAUGAAGGCCAGUGCAUGGCUCCAGUGCAGCUGGUCGGCUUCACCUACAGGGACCUUCCUCUAGCUGCCCUGGACCUCUCGCUGGCCGGAUCCCAGCUACUUUCCAAUCUGGACGAAGAGGACAACCAAGAGGGGUCUAACUGGCUGAAGCCGUGCUGCGGGAGGAGAGCAGCGCUGUGGCAGGUGUGUUUGCUGAGUGCCGGCUUCAACUGUUUCCUGGUGGCCUGUGUCAUCUUGGUGGUGCUCUUACUGACUGUGGAACUGCUCAUUGAUACUAAACUCCUACAAUUUAAUAAUGCAUUCCAGUUUGCCUGUAUCAUCCACUGGAUCAGCCUGGUCAUCCUGUCCGUGUUCUUCACUGAGACUGUCUUUAGGAUUGUGGUGCUCGGGAUUUGGGAUUAUAUAGAGAACAAAGUUGAGGUAUUUGACGGUGCUGUGAUCGUACUCUCUCUGGCCCCAAUGGUGGCCUCAACGGUGGCUAACGGCCCCAGCAGCCCCUGGGACGCCAUCAGCCUCAUCAUCACCCUCCGCAUCUGGAGAGUCAAGAGAAUCAUUGACGCGUAUGUGCUACAAGUGAAGGUGGAGAUGGAGCUGGAGAUCCAGCAGUAUGAGAAGACCAAAGCUGUGAGGGAGGAACAGCUGGAGAGACUCACACAGAUCUGUCAGGAACAGGCCUUUGAGAUCAGGCAGCUGAGGGCUCACCUGGCGCAGCAGGAUUUGGAUCUGGCCGCUGAGCGUGAGGCCGCCAUGCAGAUCCACCAUGUGUGGGGCAAACAGAGCAGCAGCUUCCAGGAAAUAGACGGCCUGGGACCCGCUGGAUCUGACAACGAGUGCCGCGCCAACACCAGAGAGCCCAGACCUCCUCCAGAGAGUGUCGUUCAGGAUGAUAUGAAUAACUACAUCAGUCAGUAUUACAGUGAGCCAAGUAGCGACAUCGGGGUACCCAACCCUGGUGCACGUGUUAUAACCACAGCAGCCAUCGAUGUCCACCUUCCUACCAACCCCAACCAGUUACCGCCUUCCCUCGUCAGUGCUGAUGGCCCGGGCAGUGGCCAGGAGCGCACGGGCAGCUCUGUAAGUGAAGCAUCCAGCACGACCAUGUCCCGGUCCAGCUGCAGCUUCACAGCCCGGCAGCACAGCAUCAGCAGCCACACGCUGGGCUCCACAACUGACUGCAGCUCUACCGUACGGGAGGCCUCCACCUCCGACUACAGCGGCCAACGCUGCUGCCCUCCUCCAUACUGCAGCCCUUUGACACUCGGCACACAACCGGGUGUCCAUGACCCCAGAGCGGUGGUCAAAGAACUGCUCUCUUCCCUGUCUGAGGACUCCUGCCUGGCACAGAAAGGCAGGGUGGACCCGGUCAACCUUAAAUUACCCAGUCCGGCAGGGUCGGUAAAGGCCAGUCCGGAACUGCAACACAGGGUGAACAUAUACAACAAGAGAAACCAGGAAAGUCUGGGCGUAUUCCAGACCAAGCCACUAAUUCACCUGCAGGGGAACGAGCCAUCUCUGGAGGAGAAGUACAGGCUUAUGGAGCCGGCAGAUAAUCCACUGAGCCAUAUACCGGACACAUAGAGCAUGAAGUUUGGGACAGUGACCACCAACACCAGCUGAAGCAGCCUCUCUCUUGACCUCUCUUUCUAUAUCGCUUACUUACUGGCUGUGUCCGAAAUAUAAAAAAAUGGUGACAUUGCUUGCAGAAUCUGGAGGUAGGAAGGCAUCAGGGCAUAUCUGAGUCUAACAUUUGUAGAAAGUUCUCUACUGAAAGUGUGACUUGUCAAGAGGUUCCUGAAUCAAUGUAAAUGACUAGUUCUGGAGAGCCAACUUCCUGGUCCAAAUCUGCUCCUAUAGACCUUCUUGUAGUUUUCAAGUAAUCCAGAACACCUUAGUUGGUUGAUUAAGGUGUGUCUGAUAAGGGUUGGGGCUAAAUUCAAUGUGAAGGCAACUCUCCGGGAGCAGGGUUAGCUACCCCUGCUUCUUUCCCAAAUUUAUGUGGAUUUCCCUUGUUACAAAUGGUGCAAAAACACAAAGCUGGAAUACACUAUGUCUUGUAAAUGGUUAAAGAAAAAAAAAUAAACUUAACUGAGGAUCACACUACCAGACUUUCAUAGAAACAUACUUUGUUGAUAGAAUACAGAUGACAAAUGAAAACGAUAUUUAUUCUAAAUUCGGCUCAAACUAUUAAACAAGUCUGGUACCUUCCAACUGGAUGGAAUCAUAUUCUGAAAAAAAAUCUGUGCCCAUAAAGAAAAAAAAAAAACGAUUUUUUGUGAAAUUCCAACCACACUCAACCCAUCUACAAGUUCUGCAGACUGGUUCUGACCACUGACAACUAGCAUCCACUCCCCCCAACUAUAUAUUGGAGCAAAAAAUUCUAGGCAAAAAUACCAGUUGUAUUCCAACCUUGAGAUUCUGUCAGACUCUGCAAGAAGGUGCCUCUCCAUGAGCUGAAUUGGACAAACCAUCACCAUCCUCAGAUGGCCAUUGUGCUUUUUACCCCGGUGUUCCCCCAACCCUGUUCCUGAAAGUACAAUAGACAUUUUUUAACUCUUUCUAAUCGAACACACCUGAUUGAACUUAUCAGCUUAUUAAUGGAGACGACAACACCUGAAAUAGAUCAGUCAGAUUAAGACAUCCAAAAUGGGUACUGUUGGUGUGCAUCCAACGCGUAGAUUAGCAGCAUAACUAGUUCACUAUUCGGGGCGCCCCCUACUACUGAAAUGCCUCCAUUUGGUCGAAACACUGGACAUAUCAUUCCCCGUCUAUGAUAUUCCACAACCCUGUGUAUGAUGGAGCAGUUGAAAAAAGUAAUUAUCUACAGAUAAAUAGGUGAGAAUAGACACAUCUGAGGUUAAAGGGUUUUUGAAGCCUGUCUAAAACCUUAGGGCAUGGUUGCUCAAAUCCAGCCAUGGAGUGCCACUUCCCAGAAUUUAACUCCAACUCUAAUCAAAGACACAGGCUAAAUAAGGUCUUCAGAAUUACUCGAAAGUUACUGGGAGUUAAGUUUGAUCAGGGUUUGAGCUGAACUCUUCAAGGCAGUAGCACUCCAGGGUCAGAUUUGAGGAACCCUGCCUUAAAGGGAUACUCCAUCCCAAAAUGAAAAAUUUGUCAUUAAUCACUUACCCCCAUGUCGUUCCAAACCCAUAAAAGCUCUGUUCGUCUUCAGAACACAAUUUAAGAUAUUUUGGAU